AUGGGUCUCAAGGCCAGAGCUGCCUCAGUGAGUGUGCAUAGUUCAGCAAAUAACACGGCUUCUCCGCUCAGCAGCGGUCGUAGAGGUUUUCCCCAUUCCGGCGAGAUGUCCGGGGAGGACCUCGCCCGGUCAGACUCGUGGGAAAUGUUUCCCGCGGGUCUGAAAGUGCUAGUCGUGGACGAUGACCCGCUGUGCCUUAAAGUGGUGGAGCACAUGCUGCGCCGCUGCAACUAUCAAGUGACGACUUGCCCCAAUGGGAAGGCCGCGCUGGAGAAGUUGCGAGACAGAUCGGUGCAUUUUGAUCUGGUGCUAUCAGAUGUCUACAUGCCAGAUAUGGACGGCUUCAAGCUUUUAGAGCACAUCGGCUUGGAAUUGGACCUGCCUGUCAUCAUGAUGUCCUCCAAUGGCGAGACAAAUGUUGUUCUGCGGGGAGUAACACAUGGAGCAGUUGACUUUCUCAUCAAACCUGUACGUGUUGAGGAGCUGCGGAACGUCUGGCAGCAUGUUGUGAGGAGAAAACGGGACCAGGCAGUGUCACAGGCGAGGGACUCACGAGAUAUCUCAGAUGAGGAGGGGACGGAUGAUGGGAAGCCCCGCGACAAAAAGCGGAAAGAGGUGAUCUUGGUGCUUUGGUGGGACAUGCAGCGGCGGGACAGCGAUGAUGGGGUGUCAGCCAAGAAAGCUCGUGUGGUGUGGUCGGUGGAGAUGCACCAACAAUUUGUGCAAGCAGUGAACCAAUUGGGCAUUGACAAGGCGGUUCCAAAACGGAUAUUGGAUCUGAUGAAUGUGGAUGGGUUGACGAGGGAGAAUGUUGCCAGCCACUUGCAGGUACCACACCUGUCCAUCUUUUCUCCUCUUUUUGCUGAGCUCAUGUCAACAUUGCCCAGGCGCUGCUUUUAUGAUUUUUGA